CCUGUGUGAGAAUCGUUAGGAUACUGAACUGCACGCAGAACUGUCUUACAUCCUGCCAUCCGCAGCCUUCCAGAAAAGAACAGGUCUCCUUUCAACCUAUUUCUUGGUUAAAAAAUUCCUCCUGAACUGAAGAACAAAUGGGGUCUGAAAUGAAUUUAAUAGGACAUCACCAGCUAGCCACUGCUGAUGGAUUUUCUCUUGCUGAAGGUCCUCAUUUGUUUGGUGUCCUUUCAGAGCCAAUGAGUUCUCCAGUGCAAGAGGUAGAUGUGUCACCUUACACACAGUACAACAGUGUGCCAUUUCCUCAAGUUCAGCCUCAGAUUUCAUCGCCGCCUUAUUACUCCAACGUAGGCUUCUACCCUCCGCAGCAUGAAGAAUGGUAUUCCCCCGGGAUGUACGAGCUCAGGAGAAUACCCUCAGAGACCUUUUUCACAAGGGAGACAGAGAUAAUGGAUAUCCCUGCAGCCAAAAAGCCUAGACUGGGUCACUCCACAGGAAGAGUGAAAGGAGAAGAGCUCUGUGUGGUCUGUGGUGACAAAGCCUCUGGGUACCACUACAAUGCUCUUACUUGUGAAGGAUGCAAAGGGUUCUUCAGAAGAAGCGUCACAAAAAAUGCAGUAUACAAGUGUAAAAAUGGAGGCAACUGCGAGAUGGACAUGUACAUGAGGAGAAAAUGCCAGGAGUGCCGCCUAAGGAAAUGCAAGCAAAUGGGCAUGUUGGCUGAAUGUCUGUUAACAGAAAUACAAUGCAAGUCAAAAAGGCUACGGAAAAAUGUGAAACAGCCCCCAGAUCAGACAGUCAAUGAAGAUAACGAAGGCCAUGACAUGAAACAAGUGACAUCUACAACUAAAAUAUAUAGGGAGAAAGUAGAAUUUACCCCAGAACAGCAGAACCUUCUUGAUUACAUCAUGGAUUCAUACAGUAAACAACAAAUACCACAGGAGGUGUCAAAAAAGCUAUUACAUGAGGAAUUCAGUGCUGAAGGAAAUUUUCUGAUUUUAACAGAAAUGGCUACCAGUCAUGUGCAGGUUCUUGUGGAAUUCACUAAAAAACUACCAGGCUUCCAAACCCUUGAUCAUGAAGAUCAGAUUGCUUUGCUGAAAGGCUCAGCAGUAGAAGCCAUGUUCCUCCGUUCAGCUGAGAUCUUCAGUAGGAAACUUCCUACAGGACAUACUGUCCUUUUAGAAGAAAGAAUUCGCAACAGUGGUAUCUCAGAUGAAUUCAUAACUCCCAUGUUUAAUUUUUAUAAAAGCAUUGGAGAGCUCAAGAUGACACAGGAAGAAUAUGCGCUGCUCACAGCCAUAGUUAUCCUGUCUCCAGAUCGACAAUACAUAAAGGACAGAGAGUCUGUGGAAAGGCUUCAAGAACCCCUGCUGGAUAUUCUACAAAAAGUCUGCAAACUUCACCACCCAGAUAACCCUCAACACUUUGCGUGUCUUCUGGGCCGUCUUACAGAAUUACGGACAUUUAACCAUCAUCACGCAGAGAUGCUGAUGUCAUGGAGAGUGAAUGAUCACAAAUUCACACCUCUUCUCUGUGAGAUCUGGGAUGUGCAGUGAUGGAUACUUUUUAUUUUGUUUUAGGAAAAAUAUCUUUUUAAAGGACCAUAUAGCAUUUAUUUUCAUAGAAAAAUAUCCCACAGUACAUUAAAUUUUCUUUACUGCAUUUUUAUAGAAACAUGCCAUGGAUUCAUGAAAGCCAUUUUGUUCACUACACACCGAAUAUUGUGUAACUAUCAGAUUUUCACACGUGAGUAUAAUUCUCUCUGUAUUUACAUUGUCUGAUCAGAAAAGAGUCUACCAGCUCCUCAGAGGAACCCUGUUAAUUCCUCCUGCAAUUAAGCUGAUCGCAGUUACAGUUCCUCUUGACAAAUGGGGAAAUGCAGGUUUCCAUUCAUAUUUUUUCAUUGCAGUGUUUUUGUGCUUGGCC